GUGAUGACCAAAAACAGCUAUUGAAUCCUCAAAAGCCUUCUCUUCAUUACACCUUUGAUGUAAAACAAGUUAGUUUCAUAAUUAUUCAAUAUAAUUAAAUAUUAAAACAGGACAUGUGCUGUAAUCCUCUAUCUAAUCUUGUUUUAAAUAGCUCAGAACAGGUAAGAACAUCAUGCACAUCCUAAGUAUUUUGAUGAUGUUUCCUUACGUUUCUAGCAUGUCUAUGUUUCUCAUAACUACCCUUGCUAUUAUCAUCAUCUCGACCGUAAUGGCAAGACCCUCUUUCUCUACUUCCAAAUCUUCAUCAUCUCAAGAUUUAGAUUCUUCCUAUAAGGUGAAAUCCAAGAGCUUUCUACCAAAGUUGUAUGGAGAUUACGGGUUUUGGAACCCUAGCCCGGUUUACGGAGGCGGUUUUCCUUAUCCUGGCCCAGUUCCUCAUGGCAGUGUAGGUUCGAAACUGAGACAUAAGAAGCCAAAAUGAGGCCAGAAGCUAUGUUGCAUAUGUUCUUCAACAAAGUUACUUGUGGGUAAAAGCGUUAGGUAUAUUGGGGUUCUAUGAAAAAGGUAAUGCUAAGGCAUGCAUACUUACGUCAUAUGAAUAAUGUAUGGAUGCGCUUGCUUGUGUUUUGUCAUAGGUAUUUAGUAUUUACAGACUAAUAGUCAUAUACACAUUUUUGUAAUAUCCGUACUCU